AUGGCGCUGUGUCAAAACAGAUUGCAAGAGGAAAGGAAGCAGUGGCGACGAGACCAUCCUUUCGGUUUCUAUGCCAAGCCCCAGCGCACCAAAGAGGGUGUUCUCGAUGUCAAGAACUGGGAAUGUGGAAUACCUGGAAAGGACAGUACGAUUUGGUCUGGUGGUCUUUUCAAACUAACUAUCGCUUUUCCCGAUGAAUAUCCCACAAAGCCUCCUAAAUGCAAAUUUGUUCCCCCGCUGUUCCACCCGAACGUUUACCCGUCAGGAACUGUGUGUUUGUCCAUCCUUAACGAAGACGAGGCAUGGAAGCCUGCCAUCACCGUCAAGCAAAUCUUGCUUGGUAUUCAAGACCUCCUCAACGACCCUAAUCCCGAGUCCCCUGCCCAGGCGGAGGCAUACAACUUAUUCAAGAGGGAUCGCGCCGAGUACGAGAAACGAGUUCGCCGAAUAGUCCGUGAAAACCCCACUCCUUGA